AUGCGCCCGGCCUCAAUGCUUCCCGGAGUAUCCUCCUCGCCGCGGGCCCCUUCCUCUCCGACUGCAAUGGUACGCCCCGCAACCCCCACACUGGUGCAAACUACGUCCUCCAGGCUCCAGCGUGCCAGCGAGCGCGCAUGGGCGGCACUUGCGAGCCUCCAGCCUAGAAUGAACGGGUACGAUGCGGUGCCCGUCGCGCACACGAUGCCUGCUCCGCCUUCUCCUGCGCUAGGGCCAGUCGGCGUAGUUGCAAGUGAGGCCGGUUCAGAGGGCGAGGCGUCCGACUCGAUCGAAGCCUUCUCCGACACGCAGCCCGAGCCCGCCGAGCCCGUGCCCGUGACGUCAAAGCCGCUCCCAAGUCUACCGACUGCAACCUCCAACCUGUCGCUCGACGAGGACGACGGCAUGCAGCCAGUCGAAUUGGGGCCGCCGCGGUACAAGAAGGUGCGGUUCGAUCUGCAAGAGGGGGACCGGCUGCUCAACACUCUGCACGCGGACCCCGGCUUCAAAGUGUGGCGUGAUGGCUACUAG